AGCGUGCGGAAGACGGGAAGAGUCCGCCUGGCGUGAGGAGGCUGUUUGUGUGAUGAGAGUUGCAAUCGAGCUGCAUCUCUUUAAAGCUGACGCCGGCUUAAUUAAUGACACCAGCCAGCCAGGAAGGAAGGACGGACGGACGGACGGACAGACGGACACCGAGGAUGCAUCGCAAAGGACAUCGCUGCCGCGUCGUUUCAACGCCACCAGGGACACGGCACCCUUCAUCUGCUAUGACGUCCUUGCUCGCUCUCAGUCGCUAAUACCGCAUCGUGCCCCCCCCCCCCCCCCCCCCUACGUCGGCUGCGCUCUUCCAUGUCAGCGUCUCCACCGCAUCCUCGUAUCGGGCUCGGCCACCCGCUGACGCCGCCGAGGCAGGAUGGUGCGCAUCGCAAGCGCCCUGGGGCUUGUCAUGUUCAGUGUGGCGCUGCUCAUUCUGUCCCUCAUCAGCUACGUGUCCAUUAAGAAGGACUUCCUUCUCGGCGGCACCCCCAGAUAUGGACCGAACGGAGGACCGAGGAUGUACAUGUUCCACGCAGGCUAUCGCGAAAGGCCACCUCGCAAGCCUGACCUCAGCUCCCAAUUGGCACUGAAGUAUCUGGAUCCAGUUUUCACGCCGUUGACCAAUGCUCUUAGCGAAGACCUCAAGAAUUCCUCGAAAUGGAGAUACAACAGCACAGCAUUCAUCCAACAGAGGAAGGAAAUCUCUCAGUACGUCGACAUUCCUCACAACUUCUCAUUAACGCGCAGUUUAGUCCGCAUCGGCCAGCUGAUGCAUUACGCCUACUCCAGCCACAAGUACGUCUACUCCAUCGGCGAGAACUUCCGCUCGCUCCUCCCCGAGGUGUCGCCGAUUCUGAACAAGCACUACAACGUCUGCGCCGUGGUGGGCAACAGCGGCAUCCUCACCGGCUCACGUUGCGGCGAUCAGAUCGAGAAGUUUGACUUUGUCUUCCGCUGCAACUUUGCGCCAACCGAGUUCUUUAAGCGAGAUGUCGGCCGGCGCACAAAUAUGACAACCUUCAACCCGAGCAUCUUAGAGAAGUACUACAACAAUCUGUUGACGGUGCAGGACAGGAAUAACUUCUUCCUGAGCCUGAAGAAGCUGGAUGGGGCCAUUCUGUGGAUCCCGGCGUUCUUCUUCCACACGUCGGCCACAGUGACCAGGACUCUGGUGGACUUCUUUGUGGAACAUCGCGGUCAGCUGAAAGUCCAGCUGGCCUGGCCUGGAAACAUCAUGCAGCACAUUAACAACUAUUGGAAAACCAAACAGCUGUCGCCAAAGCGCCUGAGCACCGGCAUCCUGAUGUACACGCUGGCAUCGUCGAUGUGCGACCAGAUCCACUUGUACGGCUUCUGGCCAUUCGGCUGGGACCCCAACACGGGGAAGGAACUGCCUUAUCACUACUAUGACAAGAAGGGCACCAAGUUCACCACCAAAUGGCAGGAGGCCCAUCAGUUGCCCGCUGAGUUCAAACUCCUUUACAAGAUGCACACAGAAGGGCUGCUGAAGCUCAGCCUCUCCCACUGCGCUUAGCCAUGAAACCGCGGGAGGUCUUUCAAUUGUCUCACCGGAGCUUCCGUCGGCCAAAGUCACAAAAAGGACCAGUCGGACCGGGGCUGAUAAAUGUGCACGUCCUCGGCAAGGAGACGCAAUGGACUCUGGCGCUCUUUUAAGGACCAAGAUUCUAUCUCUCUCAAGCUGUGACGGGCCAUGCAUCGAAGCUGCAGGAACAAGGACUCUCUUCGUUGUGUCGCCAGUCAAGACACUCAAACACUGAGAGACAUCAAAUCAUGCCGAAUCCUACCUAACAAAAUGUAAGUGACAACAAAAAGCAACGUAGCUACCGACAUCAAAAACCGAACCCAAGGCAAAGUCACGACAGUCGUAGAUGUUUUAGAGCAAUGGUGUCCAACUCUAGGCACGGGGGCAAGAUCUGGUCCGCCACAUCAAAUGAUGUGGCCCGCCAAAGCAAAUCCAACAUGUCAACUUCUGUGAUGCUCGCUAAAAUCGCCAUGAAAAUGUCAAAUUCUCAUAUGUACAGUAAUAUAUAAGAGAGCUAGUGUAAGUUUUCCUCUUACCAAAACCCCCAUUACAGUAACUUAAUAACUUAAUACACCAUCAGCCUUGACUUCUUCAAGAUAUCCUUUAUUUGUCCCACACUGGGGAAAUUUACAGCUCAUAAUUUAUAUAAAUUAUAUAAAUAUAAAAAAUUUAUAUAGCUCAUAACGGCUCCCCAAGGGAACCGGGAGCCAUCAUGUGGCCCGCGGCACAGGGACGGCCAUUUUUUUUGCUCCAACACGUCCGUGUCCCAGUGUACAAAUCAAGGUCCAUCAGGGCACGCUUGCAUGAGUUUGAUGCGGAAGAACCUUUGACUGACGUAAGCAGGAGACACGGGUACGCUCUGACCUUAGCGCUCUUCUGGAUGAACAGACAAAACAAAUCCCACAAACGCACUCCAAAAAUCUCGACCUUGUCCGCUGCAAUGUGUUCAUGAGAUGAGAUUCAACAUGUGUGCUGUAUUCGUCAUUCAGAGAUUAAAUUGACUGAAAUUGUCCAUUUAAAAA